UAAGUGUCCACUACUGAUCAGAAGUCAGAGGGAAUGUGACAGCCCACCCGAACCAAAAAAAAGAAAGAUUGCGAAACUGCAGUGAGCUAAAGUUCAAUUUAAACACCUGACACUUUUAUUCAUUGAGCAACACAAUCGCUGUAUUGAGCCGCUACAGGUUUUUCAGGCAGGGAAGGUACAAGAGGCACAAACAUGGGAGAAUGGGGCUUUCUCUCCAAGCUCUUGGAAAAAGUGCAGUCUCACUCCACGGUCAUUGGGAAGGUGUGGCUCACGGUUCUCUUUGUGUUCAGGAUCAUGGUUCUAGGGGCCGGUGCUGAGAAGGUGUGGAGCGACGAACAAUCAAAAAUGAUCUGCAACACCAAACAGCCCGGUUGUAAAAAUGUGUGCUACGAUCAUGCUUUUCCCAUCUCCCACAUUCGCUUCUGGGUCAUUCAGAUCAUCUUCGUAUCCACGCCGACGCUUCUGUAUUUCGGCCACGUUUUGCAUGUCCUUCACAAGGAGAAAAAAAUAACAGAAAAGCUGGAAAGUGAGGCUGAGAAGAAAGGCAUCAAGCCACAUAAAUAUAUAGACGAUCGUGGCAAGGUUAUAAUCAAGGGGCAAUUGUUAGGUAGCUACCUGACCAGCCUGUUCGUGAAGAUUCUGCUGGAGGCCGCGUUUAUCACAGGCCAAUACUAUAUUUACGGUUUCAUAAUGUAUCCCAAGAUCGAAUGUUCCCAGAUUCCUUGCCCUCAUACAGUGGAGUGUUACAUGUCUCGACCCACAGAGAAGACCAUCUUUAUCAUCUUCAUGUUGGUGAUGUCAUGUCUCUCUCUGCUUCUGAACGUGGUGGAGAUGUUCUACCUCAUAUGUCGCAGGUCAAAAAGACGUCGCGGCAAGAAUAAAAGGACGAACCCUCAUGGAUUAAACGGAUCGAAAAUGUACAUUACAGGAAAUGGAGGUUCUAGCAAAAUUUAAGGCACUGAGAAAUCUGCAAUGCUGUAAAAACAUGUUAAUAGCCAAAUGAGACUCAAGAUUAUUAUUAAUGUUUGCAACUGUAUUUUUAUGAUUUAUGAUCAAUUUGUUUUGCACAUUUUCUUUUGCUUUCAAAUUGCUUUUGUUUUAUGUCUUUUAUCAGAAUGAAUGAUGGAAAAUAUCUGCAUGCUGUGAAAGAAAAUUAUUAAUUGUAUUGAACUUCAACCCUUUCAAUGGAUAGUUGACUCUUAUUUAUAUAAGAACGUUGAAAGAUAAAAAUAUCUUAAUGUUAUUAAAUGACAUUAAAAACAAAAACACAGAUUUUCAUUAUUGUACAGACUCCAGAGCUCACAGCUGGACAUAAAAUGUCAGGUUAUGUAUGACUUUUUGGUUAAAAUAAAACCUGUGAAUGUCAUAAA